GGCCCAAACUCGCCCUUCCACGCCAGGCCUCGAGGUGCUCUGUGGACCACGGCGGAGCCCGUGGCCCUCGCGAGGGAGGGAAGGCGCUCCAGGUUCCCGCGAUUCCCCCGGAAAGUGAAACUGCAGAGGCGCCACGUGGACACCGGCGGUCAGACGCGACCCCAGGCCGCACCGGCCCCAGAGGAAACUAGCGGGAGUCCACAGGGCGGGAGCGCGAGUCGGCGGUGGUGGCUGGGCGCUCAGUGAAGACGCCAUUCCGCCACGAAAACGCCCGCGACGCCGCUCCGCGGUGGGGCGAGGCGGGCUGGCCGGACCUGCGAAGCCCCACGAGCUCGGCGCCGGCUGGCUGCGGCCUUGCUCUGCCUCCCCGGCCUGGCCGCGAGGCUCCCGCAAGCCGGGAUCCGCGAGCACCGGGCCUGACCCGACUCUCUCGGGCCUCAGACGGCGUGGGCCGUGGAAAACUCCGGUGCGGCCUCUUCCCCGGAAGUCCCCCAGUGGGCUCCGGCCGCUCUGGCCUGCGCGCGCCCGGCUCGCUGGUGCCCUGGGCGGCGCCCGGCCGCUGGCGCUUCUCCGGCGCUAGGGGGCGCGCGGCCGCGGUGGAGCCGCACUGGGCCGCGGCGGCCGCUCGACUGCUCUGAGGCGCGUUCCGGACGCGCACCGCCCCCGCCCGCGUUCCCCCGGCAACCUGCGGCCGCCGCCAUGGACGCGCUGUCGGGCACAGGGCCUCGCCGGGCUCGCGGCUGCCUGGGCGCCGCUGGACCCGGGUCUUCAGGCCGCGCGGCGCGGACCCCCGCGGCGCCCUGGGCGCGCUUCUCCGCCUGGCUGGAGUGCGUGUGCGUGGUCACCUUCGACCUGGAGCUGGGCCAGGCGCUGGAGGUGAGCGGGCGCGGGCGGGUGGGCAGGGCUGGGCCGCUCGGGGCCCUCGGCCGCCCCGCACUGUCCGUGGCCUUCGGCCGCCGCCUCCUGGAGGGGCCUCUUCCCCGGGCUCCAGAAGCACUUCCCAGGCCGAGGAGGGAAGGCCAGCCGCUCGGAGUCGGAUCUUGUCUUCACAUUGGGAUGGAGAAUUUUGCAUCACCUGAGUGGUACUCUUUCGAUUUUUCUCAGUAAAUAUCUCACAUCUCCCCCCUCCAUUCCCCACCGGAGUAGUGACACCUUCAUCCCCUCAGUGGCUCCCGCCAGAGUCCCGGGCUUACCCUGUGCUCCGCGUCCCAUCUCUGGGCAUAGGCAAGGCUGACGGCUCCUUCUGCAACAAAGGUCUCGGAUCCGUUCUUUUGCUGCCAUCACUGAUGUCAUCCCCGCCCCAGCUGCACCCCAGAGUUCAAUCUUUGUUGCUCUCCUGCUCAAAACCCUGCAGCGCCUCCUUGUUCACCUAGAAUCGGAUCCAGACCCCAUGGGCCCUUGUCCCUCGACCUGCGUCUUGUGGUGGUCUUGCCCUUGGGGGUCUGCUCAUCGGCUGUGCCCAUGGGCUUUCGAUGUGGUCUUCCUCCUGCCUGCAGGCCUCCGCUCACCUACCCACACACGCAGCCUCCCUUCCUCCAGGGAGGCCCCGCAGGAUGAUCUUCUCUGUGUCCUGUAUGACACACACGGGAGAGCUGACCAGCAGGGGAGGCCCACCUGCAGGUGGAGGGAGGCUUCCCCGCACUGGCGGAAGGAACCUCCUGAGAGGUAGUGAGCCCUCCAUUACUGCAGGUGUCCAAGAUGAGGCCCAAUUGUCAUCAUCAGGAAAGCCAGGUAGCGCGUCUCUGUGGUUGGGAGAUGCUUUCUAAGGCCCUGCUGAACUCCAAGAAGCCAUAAGAAGCCUAUAGUCUUCUAAACAGAAAACAGAAAAGCGUUAACUCUAGCACUCUCUGGAGCCCCUCCCACCACACAACGUCCCCAGCAGGUGCACCGUCUCAAACAGCAUCACUGGGUGGGUGCUGAGUACCAAGACAUGUGACUUGUCCAGGGUUGAGAGCCCACUUUCUUAGUUCAAUACUGUUGCCCAAAUUGUUACCCACAAAAUCACAAAAGAAGUUAAGAGGUUCCGGCCAGAUGCGGUGGCUCACCCCUGUAAUCCCAGCACUCUGUGAGGCCGAGGCGGGCAGAUUACCUGAGGUCAGGAGUUCAAGACCAGCCUAGCCAACAUGGUGAAACCCCGUCUCUACUAAAAAUACAAAAAUUAGCUGGGUGUGAGGAUGGGCACCUGUAAUCCCAGCUACUUGGGAGGCAGAGGAAGGAGAAUCGCUUGAACCCAGGAGGUGGAGGUUACAGUGAGCCAAGUUUACACCAUUGCACUCAAGCCUGGUGACAGGAGUGAGACUU